CCCACUUGAGAGCCAAAGCCAGCAGCAACGGGAAGGAAAGGACAAGCGCAAAUCCAUUCCGGCUCUCUCCGAUCUCCCACCCCAAGCUUCUGGAGGGAUUCUAGUGGAUCAUGUUUGGCAAAGUCUCCGAGCUACAGGUGAGGGUGCCGGAGACGUGGAGGUAGAAAGGCGGCAAAAGGUACAUUUGGAGACCUCCAACUGAAAGCAUCUGGAUGGAAGGAGGAGAACAGCAGGCGAGGAUGAAGACUAGGAACGAGCAGUGAGUCGUCCGGCCGGCAUCAUGAACAAAGUCAUCAUGAGGCCAACGCGGCCACGUUUCCCGGAGCCUGGGCGGCCGGCCACAGCAUGAGCCUGCGCGGUGGCGGCGCUGGCGGCGCUGGCAACGUGUCAGAGCUCAUCUCUCAAAGCCGGCGGAUCCCGGAGCCCCCGCACGGGUUCCGGACGGGCGACGCCAGCCGCGACGGCUGUCCUCACGUCGGGAACGGCUCCGGCGACCCCGGCUUCUGCCGGGACGAGGCGGGCAAAAAUUGGGCGGCGCUGCUGAUCCUGGCGGCCAUCGGCAUCACGGUGACGGGCAACAUCCUGGUCAUCCUGGCCGUGUCUUUGGAGAAGAAGCUCCAGAACGCAACCAACUACUUUUUGAUGUCUCUGGCUGUGGCAGACAUGCUCUUGGGCGUGUUGGUCAUGCCGGUCUCCAUGGUGACCGUCCUCUACGAUUACGGCUGGCCUCUCCCGUCAGAGCUGUGUCCCGUGUGGAUCUACCUGGACGUGCUGUUCUCCACGGCGUCCAUCAUGCACCUGUGCGCCAUCUCGCUGGACCGCUACGUGGCCAUCCGCAAGCCCAUCCACCACAGCCGCUUCAACUCGCGCACCAAGGCCCGCGUCAAGAUCGUGGCCGUGUGGAGCAUCUCGGCCGGCAUCUCCACGCCCGUCCCGGUUCUGGGACUGCGCGACCCGUCCAAGGUGUUCAAGAACGGCAGCUGCCUGCUGACGGACGACGGCUUCGUGCUGGCCGGCUCCUUCGUGGCCUUCUUCGUGCCGCUCACCAUUAUGGUGGUCACCUACUUCCUGACCGUCCGGGCCCUGCGCGACGAGGCCACGCUGCGCUCGGGGCGGCCCAGGUGGGGCGCCGCCGCUGCCGCCGCCGUCACGCUGGGCUUCUUCUCGCAGGCCUCGCUAUCCUCCCAGAAGCUGACGCGGCGGGAAGCCGGCGCCGCCCUCUUUGGGCGCCGGACCGCGCAGUCCAUCAACAACGAGCAGAAGGCGUCCAAGGUGCUGGGCGUGGUCUUCUUCCUCUUUGUGGUCAUGUGGUGCCCCUUCUUCAUCACCAACGUGCUGGCGGCGGCGUGCGAGGCGCCGGCCUGCGACGACGCCCUGGUGGCGGGCCUGCUCAAGGUCUUUGUGUGGGUGGGCUACCUGUCGUCCGCCGUCAACCCGCUGGUGUACACGCUGUUCAACAAGACGUACCGCGCCGCCUUCCUGCGCUACCUGCGCUGCCGCUACGCGACGCCCGCCAACAAGCCGCUGCAGCUCAUUCCGCUCAACACCAUCCCCCCCAUGGCCUACCCCUCCGUCGUCGGGGGCGGACGCAACCCAGGCCCGCUACCCGAUUUCUCCCGACGACGGGGCCCGCAGACUGUAGACGAGGACGAAAGCUGCGUGUGAGCCCCAAACAUUUCGAAAUCUAUUUGGGGAAAUUAAAAGGACAAGGGAAAGAGGAAGAAAAAACGAGGACAACAAAGAACAUGAUCAAGAAAAGGCAAAAGUCCAGAAGAAGAUUUCGAGCGAGUCAAGUGUGCACCGCUUGCGCAAAACACGCCUCAAAAGAGCCUGAGCGCCCCGAUGCUUGCAUGGGAGAGGAGAGCCUAAAAGGCAAGAGGGGCCGACCGGCCGGCCACGUGCUGGAGCUGGCAAAGAACCCUCACUGCAGUUGUCAAGGAGACCAAAUGUGCUGCCUGCGAUGACUCAUGCGCCUCAUUUUCGCCACGCUGCCAUGUGACAAGGGAUGACUGGAGGAAGGGGGGGGCCGACUUUUCAAAGCGUCGCCUAGCUCGCCCUGUGUCCCUCCAUCACCUCCUCACGACGUCACAAACAUCAACACGAAGAAGCCGGCAGCUUUUCUUUUCCCCCUCAUCAUCGUCGUCAUCGUCAUCAUUUGGCCCUGGUUGCACUCAUGUGCCCAAUUUGGCUGUCAAAGCAGCACUUGAGCCAACAAUGUUGGGGAGUGCGUGCGGCCAGCCGUUUUCAUCUUCUACCAAAGGGGAACGUUGAUAUUCCAUGAACGGCAGCGUUCAUCCAUUCGUCUUAGGCCUCGUCUUUCUUCCCCGUCAAAUCUUGCAACUCUUCAAUGAACCAUUUAUCUACUGAUGUCAAUUUUGUGAUUAUUAUUUUUUUUUUUUUUUAAAGGAAGAGGGUAAAGAAUUGUGGUUUGAAAUCAAUGGUUCUUUUUUUUUUUUCAGCUCUCAAAUUGCAUUUUGCGUCUGACACGCUGCUCGUUUGCGUUCCCACACUUGCACGCCUCCUCGUGUCCCGUCUUUAUUUUUCGCAGAAGCAGAAAUAUCUUACAGAGGCAGAACGUCACUUUGCUUAUUUACAUGUCAUCUUGCGUGACGGAAACAAAGAAA